CAUGCUGGAGCACGCACGAGCGAGCAAACAAACGGAGUCCACGAUACCUCAGCUAGCCGAGGCAGAUGAUGGUGGCGGCGUAGGCACCAGAAUCUCCACGGAAAACCAAACAGAACCAUACUCUGCCACGCAACCAGAAGAUCUCCAAUCCGGAGCUGAGCCGCGAAUCCAAGAUCCACACGACCGCACACCCCACCCUCCACACGGGCCCGCCUCCCUCCUUUAAUCGCCGCGACGCCGCCGAUUGGAUCCCACCACCACCAGCCUCAUCACCAUCCUCAUCGCCUCGCAUUGACCAAUCCAUCUCCUCCGGCGCCAUGGCCAUGGCGAGCCGCAAGCAGCUCCUACUCCCGUGCCUCGUCCUGCUCUUCGUCGCCGCUGCCGCAGUGGCCGAGGCGUCGCCGCGCGCCCAGCCGCAGUCCACGUACAUCGUGCACCUCGCGCCCGAUCACCCGGCCCUGUCCCUCUCCCCAGCGCGCGGCGGCCGCAACGCGCUGCUCGGCCCCCUCCUCGGCCUCCCGCGCCGCCUGAGCGCGCCGCGGCCGCGCCUGCUCUACACCUACGCGCGCGCCACCACGGGCGUGGCCGCGCGGCUCACCGAGGCACAGGCGGCGCACGUCGCGGCCCAGCCGGGCGUGCUGGCCGUGCACCGCGACCAGGCGCGCCAGCUCCACACCACCCACACCCCGGAGUUCCUCCACCUCAACAGCGCGGCCGGGGUCCUCCCUGCCGCGUCCGGCUCCGGCGCCGUGUCGGACGUCGUGGUGGGCGUGCUCGACACCGGGAUCUACCCGCUCAACCGCAGCUCCUUCAAGCCCGUCGGCGACGGGCUCGGCCCCCCGCCCUCCUCCUUCUCCGGCGGCUGCGUCUCGGCCGCCAAGUUCAACGCCUCCGCCUUCUGCAACAGCAAGCUCAUCGGCGCCAAGUUCUUUUACAAGGGCUACGAGGAGGGCCUCGGGCACCCCAUCAACGAGACGCUAGAGUCCAAGUCGCCGCUGGACACAGAGGGCCACGGCACCCACACCGCUUCCACGGCCGCCGGGUCGCCGGUGGACGGCGCCGGGUUCUACCAGUACGCGCGCGGGAGGGCCGUCGGCAUGGCCCCCACCGCGCGCAUCGCCGCGUACAAGAUCUGCUGGAAGUCCGGCUGCUUCGACUCCGACAUACUCGCGGCGUUCGACGAGGCCGUCGGCGACGGCGUCAACGUCAUCUCGCUCUCCGUCGGCUCCACCUACGCCGCAGACUUCUACGAGGACUCCAUCGCCAUCGGCGCCUUCGGGGCAGUGAAGAAGGGCAUCGUCGUCUCCGCCUCCGCGGGCAACUCCGGCCCCGGAGAGUACACCGCGAGCAACAUCGCGCCGUGGAUACUGACCGUCGGCGCGUCCACCGUCGACCGUGAGUUCCCCGCCGACGCGGUGCUCGGCGACGGCAGUGUGUACGGCGGCGUGUCACUGUACGCCGGGGAUCCCUUAAACUCCACGAAGCUGCCCCUCGUGUACGCCGCGGACUGUGGAUCCCGGCUUUGCCUCAUCGGCGAGCUUGACAAGGACAAGGUCGCCGGAAAGAUCGUCCUCUGUGAGCGCGGAGUCAACGCCCGUGUCGAGAAGGGCGCGGCCGUCGGGAAGGCCGGCGGAAUCGGCAUGAUUCUCGCCAACACGGAGGAGAGCGGCGAGGAGCUCAUCGCCGACCCCCACCUCAUCCCGUCGACAAUGGUGGGGCAGAAGUUCGGCGACAAGAUCAGGCACUACGUCAAGACAGACCCGUCCCCGACGGCGACCAUCGUCUUCCACGGCACGGUCAUCGGGAAGUCGCCGUCCGCGCCGCGCGUCGCGUCGUUCUCGAGCCGCGGCCCCAACUCCCGCGCGCCGGAGAUCCUCAAGCCCGACGUCACAGCCCCCGGCGUCAACAUACUCGCGGCCUGGACCGGCGAGGCCUCCCCCACCGACCUCGACAUCGACCCGAGGCGCGUCCCGUUCAACAUCAUCUCGGGGACGUCCAUGUCGUGCCCGCACGUGAGCGGCCUCGCGGCGCUGCUCCGGCAGGCGCACCCGGACUGGAGCCCCACGGCGGUCAAGUCGGCGCUCAUGACCACGGCAUACAACAUGGACAACUCCGGCGAGAUCAUCAAGGACCUGGCCACCGGCACAGAGUCCACGCCGUUCGUGCGCGGCGCCGGGCACGUGGACCCCAUCAGCGCCCUCAAUCCCGGCCUGGUGUACGACGCGGACACCGCCGACUACAUCGGCUUCCUCUGCGCGCUCGGCUACACGCCAGCCCAGAUCGCCGUCUUCACCAGGGACGGCUCCGUCGCCGACUGCUCGAAGAAGCCGGCCCGCUCCGGCGACCUCAACUACCCGGCCUUCGCGGCCGUCUUCUCGUCGUACAAGGACUCCGUCACCUACCACCGGGUGGUGCGCAACGUCGGCAGCGACGCCAGCGCGGUCUACGAGGCCAAGGUCGAGAGCCCUGCCGGCGUGGACGCCAAGGUGACGCCGGCCAAGCUGGUGUUCGACGAGGAGCACCGGAGCCUGGCGUACGAGAUCACCCUCGCCGUGUCCGGCAACCCGGUGAUCGUGGACGCCAAGUACUCGUUCGGGUCCGUCACGUGGAGCGACGGCAAGCACAAUGUCACGAGCCCCAUCGCCGUGACGUGGCCGGAGAGCGCCGGAGCGGCGUCCAUGUAGAGAUGUGGUAGGGAUGCUGGUGCCACUCGAUUGUUUGAGUUUACUCUGCGCGCGCCUGUGAAUGUGAAUGUUUACUCCAUUAUUAACUCUGGAAUAAUUUAUCUUGGAUCAUAAUCUAAUACAAUCUCGUGCUCGAAGUUGUUUA